GAAAAUCUGACAAUAAAAUUGUAAGAAACAAUAAAUAAUUAAAAAUCAAUUUUUGCAAUGGUUUAUAAUGCAAAAAGCGCCAAUGACGAUCAAUUUACCAUCUUGCUUAAUGGACAGCGGGAGUUGGAACAGCAACUUAUAGAAAUUCAAAAAGCAUGCGAUUUAAGUGUACAACAUCGUCGGAAACGUGUUAAAAAACGUUAUUAUAAUUUGGCUCUUAUGGCCAAAGUUGUGUGCCACACCACCACAGAAGAAGUGAAGAGAUUGAUAAUAAAUGGAACCAAGUCUCUCUUAAUAGAUGCGGUAACGAAUACACUCGAAGAUGUUGAGAACAUUUACACUAUGAUUAAAAAUACUAUCAAAGAUCUCCAGACUGAAGAUCCCACCACACAUCUAGUGGUGGGAAUUGCUCUCGAAAUUACAGGUGACUCCUGCCGCAUAGGUCGUUUGAGAAAUGAUUGCUCAAUAUUUGUCAAAAAAGGAGAUAUAAUGACAUUGACAACUGAUGCUAAUUAUAAAUAUUCAAGUUUUAAAGAAAUAUGCUAUGUAAUCAAUUUAGUGCAUUAUCUGCCUUCAUUAGCACUUAGUGAGGAAAUCAAAAUCGGCAAUGAAGUACACGGUCAUAUUGUGAAAAAAUUAAAAGGUAGCAUAGCCUUCCAAGUUAAUAGCCCCGGAAUAAUUAAUUCUUACGAAUACAUUGACUUUUUAAAGUCGUGUCACUCUCUGGACAUGCAUGUGUUUCAGCUCAUGUUUACCCAAGAUCUGGAGCUAGCGGCCAAAAUCAAUACAGACUUUGUUGUAAUAUCAAACAUUCGUUGGAAGCCUUUAUUGAAAGUGAUGCAUCAUCAUAUAAAAUACUUAUACAAUUUCAAAUUAAUUGGUACACUUGAUCUGGCAAAUGGAAGUGCCAAAAAAUUGGACACACUUGGAAUCGUAAAACUUUUGGAUUUCAUAUGGCUACCAAAUUUGUUCACUCUAUCUAAGAGUAUGCAAACAUAUGUUUGCAAAGAUGUCAUACCCGUUGCCAAGUAUCUAAAAAAACCAAUUAUAGGCUCAGUGCCUCUAGAGCGCUGUAGCGAUUUUCAUAUUUUUGAAAACCACGAUUUUCUAUGGAAAAUUGAUUGCAUUUUUAUAGAAAAAAGUACAUGGUGCAAUAAAUAUCCCUUAAUAGUAAAGAAGUUACUCCCCAUUAGAGAUUUUCGACGUGGAGUUGUUGAUAAUCCCAAGGCACUGCUUGAAAUCCUGACAUCGCAUCAAUCAGUGGUGAACUUUAUAAUAAGGACUAUAAGCUCCAUAGAAUGUCAAGCAAUUUUUCUCUACACAAAAUGUGAAACCGCAGCAGCAGCCUUGGGUCGAGUAGAGAUCUAUUGUCCAGUUUAUGUUUUACUUUCAAUGGAUGAAACGGACGAAGUAACACAAAAACAGGUGCAACUGGCAAAGGUUUUAAAUCUUAGAAGAAAUCUGUCAUCUAUUUUGUACUACAAAAAAACGAACUUAUGCGAAUACAAACCAAUUGAUUUUGGAUUGGAGUAUGCCCGUGCUAGUGGUCACAUUGAAACGGGUGACUUUGUUAUAACAAUAGAGGUUGGCAAAUGGGGCGUGGAAGAUACUCUACAUUUGGGUGUUGAUGAAGAUGUGGUCAUAAUGCGAGCUUUCUAUGUGGCUCCAAUGAACGUUUGUGAGAAAUUUAAAUGUUAAUAAAAACCGAAUUGUAUAGAUCAAA